CGAGAGCAGGCGAGGGGGACUUUUCCAUUUCUCUUGCUUUUUGAGGAUUUUAACGCAUUUUUUAUUAUUGCCAUUCGACCGGGCCAGAGAGCGGAGAAAGAAAAAAAAAACGGGGUUACUUUGGAGAAAAAACACAAUGUCAGCGACCUUCCCCGGACUUGUCCACGACGCAGAGAUACGUCACGACGGAUCAAACAGCUACCGACUCAUGCAGCUCGGAUGCCUGGAGUCCGUGGCCAACUCCUCGGUCGCCUACUCCUCCUCCUCCCCGCUCACCUACCCGGCGCCCGCGGGCACGGAGUUCGCAUCGCCCUACUUCUCAGCGAACCACCAGUACACGCCCCUGCACCACCAGUCCUUCCACUACGAGUUCCAGCACUCCCACCCGGCCGUGGCCCCGGAGGCCUACGGACUCAACUCGCUGCACUCGGGCCAGUACUACCAGCAGAUCCACCACGGAGAGCCUGCGGACUUCAUCAACCUGCACAAUGCGCGCUCGGCCCUCAAGUCCUCGUGCCUGGACGAGCAGCAGCGGCGCGAGCUCGGCUGUCUCGAUGCGUACCGGCGCCACGACCUGUCGCUGAUGACGUCACACGGCUCCCAGGCCUACGGCGUCGGUAUGCACCACCCGGACCAGAGACUGCUGCCCGCCGGUGGCCUGGGGCUCUCAUCGUCCGGGUCAGACGAUCUGCAGGGCUCCGUGGAAGCGCAGUGUGGGCUCGUGCUGAACGGCCAAGGGGGCGUCAUCCGGAGAGGGGGAACCUGUGUGGUGAAUCCUACAGACCUGUUCUGUUCGGUACCGGGCCGCCUGUCCCUGCUCAGCUCCACCUCCAAGUACAAAGUGACCAUCGCCGAGGUGAAGAGAAGACUGUCCCCACCAGAGUGCCUCAACGCCUCCCUACUGGGCGGAAUAUUACGCAGAGCCAAGUCUAAGAAUGGAGGCCGGUGUCUUCGUGAGAAAUUAGACCGUUUAGGCCUCAACCUGCCGGCCGGACGGAGGAAAGCUGCCAACGUCACACUGCUCACAUCCCUGGUGGAAGGUGAGGCGCUCCACCUGGCGAGGGACUUCGGCUACACCUGCGAGACAGAGUUUCCCAGUAAGGCGGUGGGGGAACAUUUGGCGAGGCAGCACAGCGAGCCGAAAGAAACCAGCGCACGCAAGAAAAUGGUCCUGGCUACAAAGCAAAUCUGUAAGGAGUUCCAGGACUUAUUGAGCCAAGACCGCUCUCCUCUGGGCUCCUCCAGACCGACCCCCAUCCUGGACCUGGACAUCCAGAGACACCUCACACACUUCAGUCUGAUCACUCACGGGUUCGGGACGCCGGCGGUCUGUGCAGCCCUCAGCACCUUUCAGACGGUCCUGAGUGAGAUGCUCAACUACCUGGACAAAAACUCGGGCGGGAAGACGAGCGGACCCAACGACCAGCAGAUCAACAACAGCUCAGAGAAGACGCAGCUCCGGAAAACAGCCGAGCCCCAGAGCAAAGACGGGAAAACAGAAAAGACUGAGUAG